AUGGGGGCGCCCCCGGGCUACCGACCCUCGGCUUGGGUCCAUUUGCUCCAUCAGCUGCCCCGCGCCGACUUCCAGCUCCGGCCGGUGCCCAGCGCCUUCGCGCCCCAAGAACGAGAAUACCAGCAGGCCCUGCUGCUGGUGGCGGCCUUGGCAGGCCUGGGCUUGGGCCUGAGCCUCAUCUUUAUCGCUGUCUACCUCAUCCGCUUCUGUUGCUGCCGGCCUCCCGAGCCCCCCGGGGCCAAGAGCCCCCCGCCGGGGGGAGGGUGCGUCACCUGGAACUGCAUCGCUGCCCUUCUCGUCGGCUGCGCUGGCAUUGGCAUCGGUUUCUAUGGCAACAGUGAGACCAGCGAUGGGGUGUCCCAGCUCAGCUCUGCACUACUGCAUGCCAACCACACGCUCACCGCCAUUGACCACCUGGUGCUGGAGAUGGUGGAGAGGCUGGAUGAGGCUGUGAGGACUGAGCUGACCACGCUGGAGGAGGUGCUGACUCAGCGCAUGGAGCUGGUGGCUGCCGCCCGGGGCGCCCGGCGGCAGGCGGAAACCGUGGCCCAGCAGCUCCAGGGGCUGGCCUUCUGGCGGGGGGUGCCCCUGAGCCCCCUGCAGGUGGCCGAGGAUGUGUCCUUUGUAGAGGAAUACAGGUGGCUUGCCUACGUCCUCCUGCUGCUCCUGGAGCUACUGGUCUGUCUCUUCACCCUCCUGGGCCUGGCGAGGCAGAGCAAGUGGCUGGUGAUCGUGAUGACGGUGAUGAGUCUCCUGGUUCUGGUCCUGAGCUGGGGCUCCAUGGGCCUGGAGGCAGCCACAGCCGUGGGCCUCAGUGACUUCUGCUCCAGUCCAGACAGCUACAUCCUGAACCUGACCCAGGAGGAGACCGGCCUUGGCUCAGACAUCCUGAACUACUAUUUCCUCUGCAACCAGGCCGUCUCCAACCCCUUUCAACAGAGGCUGACUCUGUCCCAGCGAGCUCUGGCCAACAUCCACUCCCAGCUGCAGGGCCUGGAGCGGGAAGCUGUGCCCCAGUUCCCUUCUGCGCAGAAGCCUGUGCUGUCCUUGGAGGAGACGCUGAAUGUGACAGAAGGAAGCUUCCACCAGUUGGUGGCACUGCUACAUUGUCGUGGCCUGCACAAGGACUAUGGCGCAGCCCUGCGCGGCCUGUGUGAAGACACCCUGGAAGGACUGCUCUUUCUGCUGCUCUUCUCCCUCCUGUCUGCCGGGGCCCUGGCCACCGUCCUCUGCAGCCUGCCCCGCGCCUGGGCCCUCUUCCCGCCCAGUGACGACUACGAGGACACAGACGAUGAUGACCCUUUCAACCCUCAGGAAUCCAAGCGCUUCGUGCAGUGGCAGUCAUCAAUCUGAGCCCUUUCUCCAGUCCAGACUGGAGCCUGGUCUCCGUUUCUGUUCCUUCCCCGGCUGCCGGAGAAGACCCCACUAACCCAGCUCACUGCGCUCCCACCACUAACAAUGCCCUGGCCACGGACACCUUAAACAGGACUGCCUCCCUGCCCUGCCCCUCUCCAUGUACUUAGCCCUGGAAGUAAGCCCAGGGGGCAGGCCAGGGCCUGGAGGCUUGGUGGGGAGAGAGGAGAAAGCCAGCCCCAUCACCCCUCAUCCCUGAAGGGAUGAGAGUGCCCUCCAGCCCCCCGCCACACCCCAGAGGACUUAGGGCCCCUGCUCUCCACUUGCAGCACCCAACUUGGGAAUGGGCUGAUUUGAAAUAAAAGGGAAGACUUUAUUUUACAA